AUGGUUGGUAUUGCAUUUGCGGGCGUCAGCUCCGAGAAGAAGAAUGCCGCAGGUAUUGCUGCCGCGGAGGCACCUGAAUUCGAGAAAGUGCAGUGGUAUUCGGAUCCCAAUCUGAGGAAACUGUAUUUCUGGUGUGCAGUCCUUUGCGUGGCAUCUGCAACAACUGGUUAUGAUGGUAUGAUGUUGAACACUUCGCAGAAUCUCGAUCAGUGGCAAGCCUACUUCAAGAAGCCGACUGGCAGCUCGCUUGGUUUGAUGAAUGCAAUUUAUCAGAUUGGCAGUCUUGCAAGCUUUCCGCUUGUCCCUUAUAUGGCAGAUUGGUGGGGACGAAAGCUUCCCAUUGCUGUUGGUUGCCUUCUCAUGAUUCUUGGGGGUGUUCUUGGUGCAUUUUCCAAUGGUUAUGGAAUGUACGUUGGUGGUAGAUUCAUUCUCGGUUUCGGCAACAGCUUGUCUCAAUUGUCCUCCCCUGUUCUCCUUACCGAAAUUUGCCACCCUCAACACAGAGGUCGUGUCACCACAAUCUACAAUUGUCUUUGGAAUCUCGGUGCUCUCUUCGUUGCAUGGCUUGCUUGGGCUACUAUGCAGAUCAAGAACGAUUGGUCAUGGCGCAGUUUGACCCUUCUCCAAAUUCUUCCUGCAGUUAUCCAACUCACUUUCAUCUACUGGGUCCCAGAAUCACCAAGAUGGCACAUUUCUAAGGAUCGUCCAGAAGAGGCCUUGAAGACUCUAGCUUACUAUCACGCUAACGGUGAUGAGCAUAACCCAACUGUCCAGUUCGAGUACCAAGAAAUCAAGGAGACUUUGAGACUCGAAUUUGAAUUCCGCAAGACCAGUAACUACAGCGAUUUCUUGAAGACAAAGGGAAAUCGAUAUAGAUUAGCCAUUCUUAUCUCUCUCGGUAUCAUCUCGCAAUACAGUGGAAACGCUCUCUUCAGUAACUACAUGAAUCUUAUCUACAACAGCAUGGGUAUUACAAAGCAAAACCAAAAGAUCCCGCUUAACGGAGGACAAACUCUUCUCGCCCUCGUGGUCAGUUGUGGCUGCGCUCUCCUUGUCGACAGAGUCGGUAGACGGCCACUCUUCUUGACAUCCACCGUCGGAAUGUGUGUCUGCUUCUUGUGCUGGACCAUCACCGCCUCGCAAUUCGAGAAGCAAAACCCAGACCCAGAUGCGCUCAACCCCAAGAUGGCUGCUGGUUACCCACAAGUUGUGUUCGUUUGGGUUUUCGGUGUCUUCUACUCUCUAGCGUGGUCUGGUCUUCUCGUCGCAUACUCCCUUGAGAUUCUCCCAUACAAGCUCCGUGCCAAGGGACUCAUGAUCAUGAACCUCACUGUCCAAGCCACUCUAGUUCUCGGAAACUACACCAACGCCAUCGCCUGGGACAACCUUCCACACCACUGGAAUCUCUCCCUCAUCUACACAAUCUGGAUCUUCGUCGAGCUCUGCUUCGUCUACUUCUUCUACGUCGAGACCCGCGGUCCCACUCUCGAGGAGCUGGCCAAGAUCUUCGAUGGUGAUGCUGCUGAGGUCGCACAUGUUGAUAUCAAUCUUAUCGAGAAGGAACUCCACGGCGAUGAUGGUGCUGGCAUCGACGAGAAGCGAGUUGUGCAGACUGAGACUAAGGCUGCUUAG